AUGGCUUCCCCUACUCCAACUUUUUUUAAGUGGUAUCGUUUGAGCGUGGAAAGUCUCCCUAGAGUUUGCCUUGAUGUGAUCAACGAUGGAACGGCUCCUCAGAAUGGCAAGCUGCAGAUGGCACCAGUCGGCAAUUACACCGGCCAGCAUUGGCAGUUUAUUCCAUCUCCUGGAGGGUCCUUUGCACUACUGACUUUAUAUACAGGCACUGACAUGUUUCUUCGGAACGACAAUCGCAUUCCUCAUCUCGGCCUCGACCACAUCGAUGAUAGAUGGCGAUUGGAGCACCUCCCUUCCCUGGGAGCGGAAGAGAUUACGCGGUUCAGACUGUACUCGGAAAUUGGGGCCCCUUCGAAGCUCUAUUUUGGACCAGAGAGUGAUCGCACCUGGUUCAAUGGACAGAGACUCCAUCUUCGGUCAUCUCAAGCCCGCCAUGCUACUGUCUGGAUUCUUUCGGAGAUAAGACCCAUCUGGGAGCCGGAGUUCCUCAUUUCACCAUUAAUAUCCCCAGAGUCAACUGGUGACUGGACAAAUGUCCGUACUUCGGAGGGAAGUCGAAAGGAUGGGCAGGCCAACAUGGUUACAGAUGAUGUAGACCACUUGGUGGUGUUAAUACAGCGGCUAACUGCUCGCAAAGCACCUCCUGGCUCGUUGGACUGGCAAAGUGCGACGGCGGCAUCAACGUCCUUACCUUCGGAUUCUCACCUUCUAGAGUUCUCUUCCUGGUCACGAACGAGCGGUACGGUAAACAAUCUUACCCUCAGGACAUACCUAGGGUUGAUGAACCCCUCAACGACAACCAUCCUGGAUGUCUCCGCGGGCUUUCGCUCCCCAGAGAUCUCGAGAAAUAUUGCCGACUCCAAUCCAGCCAGUUCCGGGGGUUCACCCGCAAUUGCCUACAGCGAGAGUACUCCCAGCUACACCAACCUUUACACUCUUGUGUCUCAAAGAAAUGACACUUCAGGGCUGAUCUACAUCUUUAUCAUCCGUCCUGGGACUAUAUUUACGAAACGGGGCAUGGUGACCUCCCAUCCUCACAAAUGGAUUUGCCAAAUUGAGGGCGACCUCACAAGUUUCAGCAUCAGCUCUUUCGGGUUACGACGGAUUGGCCAGGGCGAUAAUAUACCGCAAAACUAUAUUUGGAGUGACAAAGGUGUGGAUGCUCAAUUCAGAAACCGCGAGAACCUACCUAACCAACAUAUCGCGUAUCUUGGACAUGGUCUACGUACCAAGAUCUGGUCCUACUUUGGAUGUCUGGCGAACGGCCUUAUGCAUAUGCACGCGAAUGGUAUCCGACAUCGAGACAUAAAACCUCGCAAUAUCCUUGCCACAUUGAUGGGCCUUUAUAUGCCGACUUUGGUAAUAAUUUCCUUCAGAUAG